CUGUAGAUAGAGAGCAAUGAAGCUAAAGGAGUUGGAGAGUUGCCUACAACAGGUUGAUGCCUUUGAAAACCCUAAACUACUCCUGGAGCAGUAUCCCACCAGACCGCAUAUAGCAGCAUGUAUGCUAUACACGAUCCAUAACACAUUUGGUGAUAUUGAAGAUAAAGUGGUUGCAGAUCUCGGCUGUGGAUGUGGGGUGUUGAGUAUUGGGGCAGCUAUGUUGGGUGCAGGUUUAUGCCUGGGAUUUGAUAUAGACGAAGAUGCUUUGGAAAUAUUUAGAACCAAUGCUGAUGAGUUUGAACUUACAAAUAUUGACCUAGUGCAGUGUGAUAUCUGCUCAUUGCCAGCUCACUGUCUGGUGAAGGCUGUGGACACGGUGAUAAUGAAUCCUCCUUUUGGAACAAAACACAAUAAAGGUAUGGAUAUGACGUUUCUUAAGACUGCUCUGCAGAUGGCAAGGACAUCUGUAUAUUCCCUACAUAAGACCUCUACAAGAAAGCAUAUCCAGAAAAAGGCUGCCGACUGGAAAGUGAAGAUGGAAGUGGUGGCAGAGCUUCGCUAUGAUCUUCCAGCGUCCUACAAGUUCCACAAGAAGAAAUCAGUUGACAUAGACGUGGAUUUUAUCAGAUUCUCAUUCGACUGACACUCAGCAUCUGUAGACUUAAAAUAUGCAUCCAAUUUUUU